UGAAUGGCAGCAAGAACGGUUCCUCUGUCAGCAUUUUCCAUCGCAUAGAAACGAAAUCCAUGUCCUCUAAAAAAACGCCAAAUGUCUGCAAAGACGGCCCCUCUCCAGAAUGAUUCGACUACAAACGAACUAAGGCCUACCCAGCUAAUGGCAGUAGAGGCUCAGAGGCUCAUUUGGGACAAGUACUUCUCUCUCUUCAACAAAGAACCUCCUGCAUUUCUACAGCGGGGCCUCUUUUUUUAUUAUUUCAUCAUUUACUAGACACGGCGAGGACCACUGCCUUCGAGCUCGACGAUUACGCAGAAAAACUUGAAAUGAUGUCCAGGUUCUAUGGUCUGGACUGGACGGACGUUUGUGAUUACUUGGGACUUGACAGCGACAAAGGCGACGAGCAAUUCCGGAAGAAAUAUCUCACCUGCAUCAACCUCCCAGAGUCGGUUCAGGAAGAAAUGCACGACAUGAUCGGGCCCAGUGUGCAGACUGGUCUCCGUCCUGGCGGGAAGCUGGACUUGGCUUCAAUUAAAAAGCUAGUGCCACCUGGGAUUACUAUGCGACAUAAAGUUGAUGGGAGUGAUGCCACCGUCCGCCUCCUCACCUUGGAGUUGAGGCCCAAAACUGGCGUAUCACAUCUUCGACCUCGAUUCAUUGACAUCUUGUUUCGAUGUCGGAGCCAAAAGCUGAUAUCAGCGAUUCUCGAGAUGGUUCAAAAAUGCUUACCGAACGUUCCUGAAUCAUCCACCACGUCAAGCCAGAGCGACAACUGGACUAGCGCACACAACACUGCGCAGGAAGUACACGAAAUUCUAGCGACUACCAUGAAAGAUUCAGAACGCGAGAAUGCUCUGGUGCUUCUCCGAGACAAUCUAUCAGCAUUGAACCCCCAAGGUGUCAACUCGGAUGUUUAUCGAUGCAUGCGUGAAGACCAGAUUCGAAAAAACGAGGAGCAUCGUAGGUACCGGAACCGAGAGUUCGAGCUUGCUCAGCAGGGCGAGGGUUCCGGUGAUAUUUCGCAAAUGCCAGGUCCUGGUCUCUGAUGUACUGCACAUGUUGAUACGUGCAAUGCAGCCCGAAAAUGAGGAGCCGAAUUUGCGGCGUAAAAAAAAAGAGAGUUUUUUAUCAGGCCUUCUAAGAGCGUAGAGAUCAAGUUUGAGCUUCGAGGACGGAUGAGCAGGCCGGAAGGUGGGCGAGGAGAGGGCAGUCACCAUUACGCACGUUCAAAACGGAGUUCGCAAGAGUUGGUUGAACGCAGAAUGUGCCUCACGUGUCGACCGUCUAUGAUGGGCCUAUGUGACAAGUCUUGGAGGGAGAAGGAUGCGGUGGAAGAGUUGACAGAUCCCAGGUACUUGUUUAUUCAUUGCG